UUCGUGGCGUCCAAUUUUCCUUUUCAAAAUCCGCUCUCCCGUUCUGCUACUGCAAAUUGCAAUAGCUUGAAGCUUCGCCUAGAGAUUUCCUUUCACGCGGUUUUUCUCUCUUGCUCGACGCGAGGCGAAUUCCGGGAAAUUCCCCAUCGGCGGUGACCGUCCAGUGUAAGGUUUCCUUCGAGCUUUCACUAGCGUCCACUGGGCACACUGCCAAAAAUGGUUGUUGACACCCUGCGGGAAAUGCAAGAUCAGGAUGGAAUCAGUGAUUGUCGAAGUCCUGGUAGCAAUUAUCAUCACUCCAGCCAGUCCCGGAAGGUUUCUGUCGGAAUUCUCAUAGAUCAAUUAGCAAACAAAAGAUAUGGAGCUAGGGGGAAGGAUAAGGCUCUGCCGAAUGAAGAAAUGGAAACUCCUCGAAAGGGAAUUUCAGAAGGAGAGAAGGAUAAAGGGGAAGAUGUUGGUGGAAAUGAAGGGAAGAUAUCAGAAGCUCGGGAGCAGGUCACUUCCCCAUGGGUUACCACCAAGUCAGCCAACCAAACAGCACAAACAUCAGAGAAUGUUCUCAAUGGGAAGGAAACUUCCAAAUUAGCUUCAGCUGGUGGAUCAAAGAGGAAGCUUAGCAACAAGAAGGAUCAAACUAUAACUCAUUCCGUGAAAUAUUUUGCAAAUCAAAGUUCGGGGCAUUCUGAUGACGGAAAGGAGAAAUUGUUCAAUGGACUAACAUAUACGAGGAAGAGAAGCCAGAGUGAGAGUUCACAGAAGCAACAGGACUUCACAUUUCCAACUGCACAUGAGGCCCCUAUAACAGAUAAAGAAAAGGCAGGUAAUAUAGCAGUGCCUAAGACUGACAAUUUGAGGAUGAAACUGUGGGAGGUAUUAGGAGCCGUUUCUUCACCAAAAAGUCAGCCUUCCAAUCUGAAGGGUCCUGAUGUAGGUGCCAACAUUUCAAAGCCAACUGAUGGCAGCAAUGAUGAUCCAAAUAUCAGGUACAAACAAAAUUCAGACCCCAUUGAAACUGAUUCUGAAAGCCCUGCUCAUUCUAUGAAGAGACCAUUGACACGUGCUUCUACUCGGAAGAGAGUCUCAACCAAAAGACAGCCUUUGAAACCUAAAAUAGACCCAUUUGCUGCUUUGACUCGGAAGGUACAAAGGAAGGAUGUCUUUACCUUUAAAGAGGGACUGGCAGACAAAGUAGAUGUUGCUGCUAAUGGUAAUCCGUGCACAUCAACCAGGUCCAGGAGGAAGGGCCAGAAGAAGACAGCUAACAUCAUGCCGCGUAAGAUAAGCUUCAUUAGUAACAGUAGUUCAGAUAAUUUCCCAGGAGUAAUACAAACAAAUGAGGUGCCUGCAACCACUGCAAAGACAUCCUCGCAUAUGUCUAAGAUGGGAAGUUUGAAAAAUAAUAUGCAAGCUCAGAAAGGCGGCUGCCAAGGUAAAGCCUCCCAUCAAUCUCAGAGGGAAGAUUCCCAUCAUUCUGUUGGGGAACCAGGAUUGACUAUGAAUGAGGGGUUUACCCAUCCAACAGUACCAAAAGAUAGAGAUCAGUCGCAACACUUUGGUCUAGAUUCUCCCUUGAGCAAAAUUGGAAGUCCACAGGACAGCAUGGGUAGUCCAACACUAAAAAUGAAUUCUCCUGUGUCAAGUCCAUACACUAGUUCACCAAAAGCUGAGCAGCCAGCGAAGGAAGUUCAGAGUCCUGCCCUAUCAGAGAGAAGCAGCAGCCCAGUGGGAAACAUCUUUCAUUUCAUAACUUCUGGAGCAUCAAAACCUGGCGGCUGUGCUGCGAAUUCUGAGCUAGAUGCAUCUGAGGAUGAGGGAGCAGGAAUGAAAGAUUCUCCAGAAGUGCAAUCAUCACCAGAAAAGGUGGGGAAAGAUGGAUCCAGAAGCUCUCAGUCAUUGUCUGAAGAUGAGAAAACUGAGAGCUCUGAAGAUGUUUCACCAGUAGCAACAGGCCACACCGGAACCCCUAUUACAGAGACGGGAGCUAGUGGGAGAUCUGAGUUUAAUCCAGCUAAACGAGUUCGCACUGACGAAAGAGCGAGCAAACCGAGUUCCUCCUUAUCUUAUCGAAAAGAUUUCAAUGAUGACGAGUUGACCCAGGAACCUGGAGAAAGUUGCAGAGGGGAUGAUGGUGACAGGGUUAUCAUGCUCGUUGCAUUGGCCGUGGAAAACUAUGUCAAGAAAGUUAAGGCAGCAACUUCGUCCAAGUCCGCGGAGAUUAUGAUGGACGUUUCCAGAGAUAUAGAUCAACAGUUGCAGAAUAUCAAGCUGCAAACCCAAGAGGACGUGGCGAAUUUGACGAGCAUCAGCACAUCGAAAAGAAAAAGAGUCGAGUCAAGCUUGCGAGAACAAGCAGAGCAACUGAAGAAGAUACACGAGAAAUUCGAGCAAGACAUUCAUCAAUGUCUCCAGAACUACAAUUUGGCAGUGGAAGGACUAGAGUCGUACCAGAACGAGUUGAAGGGGACAAUGAAAAAGCAAAAAGCCAUCCACCAAAAGAGUCUGAUGCAAGCCGAAGAAACAGUAGAAAAGCUGCUCGUGGACGCGCAGAGGAAGAUCGAAGCCGUGCGGAAGACGGGAAGGGAAAAGGUGGUGCAACUGAGGUACGUCGUGGCCGAAUCUAUCAAGGAUGUCUUCCGUGGCUCAACAUGAUUUUUUGCUACUGGUUCCAUUGCUUUGCUCCAAUAUAAGGCGGCGUCUCAUGAUUUCGUGAGAGGUUCUAGUAUGUAAAGGAAGGACUUUUCUUCUGUCUGGUUUCUUAGAAACUGUUGCUCUACCUACCUGCUACUGUCCAUGAUUGGGAUGUUGAGGUCAAGCCAGUUAAGAUAUGCUGAUAACUAGAUAAUAACUCCUAUGCAUGCACGAUCUCUUGUAGUUAAAAUCGCGCUUUUAAAACUUAAAAAGCUAUGCAGCUUUUAUGUAUCCAUCGGGCCUUCAAAACGCUU